UUCUCCACAUCAGUUUCCCGCCGCUGAAUCAACAGCGCACACGCAUGCGGGCACGCACGGCUACAUCGAAAAAGUACAUGCGUGGAACGCUCCGCCAACCGCGCUUUUACCGUUCCAAACUAUGUGUUCAAUAAUCCCCAUUGUGUAUUCAACAAAGCUGGUUUAAACGAUAUCACUCUGGCCCCCAUAUCCAAAAAACCAGCUGCCGGUUCCUCGGCCAAACUUGGGACCGGCAGUAUAGGGAAAUCUACUUCUGCAAUAAGCAAAACUUCAAGCAUGGGCAGUGGAGGCAAAAGUAGCAACAUGAUGGGCUCCAGCGGCAAGAGUGGAAUGGGAACCACCGGAAAAAGUAACGUUUUUAUGUCUUCAAGUCCAAAAAAAGAAACUCCAGUCAUAACAAGCAGCAAAAGUAUGAAUGUCUUUGCAUCAAGCGCAAAACCCAGUAACAUGGACACUGCAAAAGCUGGCAGUAUGUAUGGAACAACUGGCAAAAAUGCCAACCUCUUUGGAUCCAGUGGAAAAAAUGCAAGCCCCUACGGAGGUGACAAAAUUACUAAAGCAACAGGCUCAAGUGAAAAAAGUAGCAAUUCAUUGCUAACUAGUGCAAAAAAGACAAAUAUGUUAGGAUCAGAUGAUAAAAACAAUAAACCCAAGAAUUUUAGCGGGACUUCCGUCAGCCCAAGCCGAGAUUAUCCUUCUUUUAUUAACCCGAAAGACAAUAAAUCAAAAACUACUUUUGGAAUCAUAUGGAUACCAACCAGGAAAAAUAAGAAAAAGGAUUUAGUUUUUAACUCGCAUAAUUAUGAACGCUACAAAGAAAAGUCACCAUCGAUGUAUUCUUACAUGUCUGGUGAUUCUCCUGCUUACCAACCACAAAAGAAGAAAGAAGAAGAAACAGAUUUAUUGGUACCUGAACGCCCUAAAGUGACAACAGUGGCAGUAAACACAGGAAUAACUGCAGCCAGUAUUGAUAUUGCAUCAGAUGGCUCCGGGCCUGUACAACCUGAAGAAAAGCAAGAAUUUAUCAAACACAACCCAGAAGAAACAAAGGAAGCUGCUGGUGACACAAAUGAUAGAUCAAGCAAGGAGGACUGCGAGUACUUGGAAAAUAAUGAAAACAUGGCAAAACCACCAGACAACAAAUGGGAUAAAGACAAACAAGUUGACAGGGUUGAUAGCGUAUACUUAAGAGCACCACCUCCACACAAGGUUCGUUCCACUGCAACCACAAACGAAGAAGAAGAUUGUGGUAUCAAAUGUCUUUAUUAUACUCUGCAAUGCUGCGACUGUGUAUUACAGUAAGAUGCCAUUGAAGGUUGACUGUGACAUGUAGUGUUUUCAAUAGUAUACAAAAAACAUAUCAAUAUUUUAAAGUUAAACAGCUUUACUGACUUAGCUAUUAUCCAAAUGUUGUUCUUGCUUUCAAACUUCCAAACAGUGGUGUAACUAUACCAUUUGAGGCCCAUGGCAAAUUCUGUACAUGAGGCCCUUGGCAUAUCAAGCGUUAUUUUUCAAGGACCAUCGUGAGGGGGAUGGGUACGAUUAGGGUCUUGGGCUGGGGCUGCCUCAGGUCAGGGUCCUGUGGCAUUUUGCCAGCCCUGUCACCCUAUAGUUACAUCACUGCUCCCGCCCUUUAGCAAGUUUGAAAGAGAACAACAUUGUAGCAAUCAAACAAUCACUUUAAUACUUACUUUAUAUCACUAAUUCAGUUUUGUGAAGACAGUCAACCUCUCCUUAACCACUCAAGAUGUAUGAUUGAUAGAAGCGUAUUAUGUAGCUAUAAUUAACAAAUGAACCUAUUGCAAAGCCAUUGUAGCAAUCAAACAAUCACUUUAAUACUUACUUUAUAUCACUAAUUCAGUUUUGUGAAGACAGUCAACCUCUCCUUAACCACUCAAGAUGUAUGAUUGAUAGAAGCGUAUUAUGUAGCUAUAAUUAACAAAUGAACCUAUUGCAAAGCCAUUGUAGCAAUCAAACAAUCACUUUAAUACUUACUUUAUAUCACUAAUUCAGUUUUGUGAAGACAGUCAACCUCUCCUUAACCACUCAACAUGUAUGAUUGAUAGAAGCGUAUUAUGUAGCUAUAAUUAACAAAUGUAUUGCAAAGCCAUGGCAGCUGCUUUUUAGUUUUAUUGAUAAAUUGCCAUUAUUUUCUAUCAUAUUUAAGGAUAAACUAUCAAUUUAAGAUAGUUACUUUAUGGUUUAUAAACGAAUUUAGCAUUAAUGUAGAUUUCUACUUGCAACAUUUACCUCUUGAUUGUUUUGUUAUUUUUAUAUCCACAGAAUUAAUGGCUAGUAAGGCAGGCAAAUGUAGUUGGUUAUACAAAAAGACAGUACAUUACUAUUGAAUCAACUGUGUAACUUUUGAUUGCACCAUUAAAAUUUUUGUGCCUAGUGGCAUUGAAAACCUUUUUGUAUAGACAUUCCACUUUUAUUACUUAUUUUCUUCAUGAGAUGAUUAUUUGGCACAAAAAUGAAACUAUUACCUCAAUAAAAUAGACAAGUUCUAAAAUGAAAUUAAUAUCGGAAAAAGAAGUUAUUUAUCUAAUUUCUAAUACAUUGUGUAUUCUUAGUAUUUGUGGAAUAUUUAUGAAAUAUUUGUAGAAGAUAAACACUAAUUUCAUCAUUUUCAAUUAUUGUCAUUAUUACGGAAUGGUGCUCAAAGAUAAAUGCCUUAAAUUUGUCAUUGGUAAGACAUGCCUCCCAAUAUAACUUGCUAAAUCUUUACUUGCUGUAAAUCCACUACGUUUUUUUAAAUAAUUUACAUGUUCUUGUCUAUAAAAUGUAUUUACAUAAGACUUAUUGCGUGACCAGUCUCCGUCCAGAGACUUUGUAUUUUGGUAAGAAAUGUAGAUGUAUUUUUUUUAUAAAAAGAUCUGUACACAGUUUGUACUUUAUUAAAUAAAAAAAUUCAUAAAA